AUGAAUCAAAGACUUCUUUUUAUUCUUCUCGCAGCUGCUUUAUUUUUUGGCAUGAUUAUUCUCUAUCGUUCUUAUCAACCAGAUGAUGCAGUGGCGAGUAAUGAUGCAAAGAAAAAUUUCUUUUUAUAUUCGAAAACAAAUAAAGAAACUACUGUUUCUUCUUUUUCUUUGUCUUAUUCAGUAAUAUCGGAUACCCCAGUACGUGUUGAUUUUUUUGUUAUGUCAAAAUGUCCUGAUGCACGAAAAUGUGAAUUAUUAUUUGCUCCAUCUUUAUUGAAAUUAUCUUCAAUUAUUAAUUUUACUGUGUCUUAUAUUGCAUAUGAAACAAAUUCAAAUGAAAUUUCAUGUAUGCAUGGUCCAAAUGAGUGCCUUGGUAAUAAACAACAAUUAUGUGUACAAAAUAUGUGUUCACAAGCAACAUUAAUCAAAUUUCUUCAAUGUCAAUCAAAACAACUUGAAAACAUUCCAGAUAACGGUGAACAAUGUGUUAAAGAAGCAUCGAGUGACUCAUUAAAAUGGUCAGAUAUUGAUGCAUGUGUUAAAUCAAAUACAGCCAAUGAAUUAUUCCGUAAAUCAUUAGAAAAAACACGCUCAGCAUCCGCUAAAAAAUCUUGUACAAUACAUUUAAAUGGAAAAUUUUGGUGUAUGCAUGAUGGUACUUGGUAUGGAUGUUCAGAAGGUCGUGAUGAAAAGAGUUUAAUCAAAGCCAUUUGUUCAAGAUAUAAUGGACCUAAUAAACCAAUUGAGUGUACCGCUUCUAUUUAA